AUGGCGGGUGAGAUGCCCUCGGGGUUCAGCGGAUGGAGCCGCGAGCAGUGGGCGGAGUGGUGGUCGACUGGAGCUGGCGAGGCCGCGGCUACGGUCGAUGAUGAGGAGGAGGAAGAAGAAGAUGAUGCCGAGACGGCCCAGCAUCAAGGCGGCGGUGGCAAGGCCAAGCGGAGGAAAAGAAAGCGCCCCAAGAACAGGGGCGAAGGCCAAAUGAACCGCGAAUGGUUCAGGGCCAAGCAGGAUCAUCAGCGGCGAGUUCAGGCCGAGGCUCAGCUGGAUCGGAUGAUGGAGAGAGAGUCUUUGAUGCUGGGCGAGGCCUGGGCUGCUGAAAUUUUGGCGGAGGAAAAGGAGCGACAACUGGCGGCGGCGACUUCGACGGCUGCCGAGAUGACGGCUAAGGCCGAAGGGCUCGGAGAUGAUCUGCGACAGGCGAUUCGGAAGCAGGAGGACCUUCGUCGCCUUUGGCUCGAUGCCGAGCAGAAGGUGCACAACCUUUCUGGGAUGCUGCAGAAGCAGCAGCAGCUCAACGCCGAGCGCUUGACAGACGUCACGGCGGCCAGAGCCUGUCUUGAGAAGGUGCGGAAGGACAUGGAAGGACGCGAGCGCGGAGCAGCAGCAGCAUCUGGCCGACAAGCAAGACCUCAUGUUUCGAGCCCAAAAGGAUUUCAAGGACUACAAGGCCGACAAGGAGAUGAAGAUUCAGCGCCUGGAGAAUCAACUGUUUUUGGAGAGAAGAGCCGGCUGGAGCAGGAGCUGUCCCAGGCCAGAAAAGACCUCAUCAUGGGGAAGGCAGGCUUCAUCACCCAAGUGGCCGCCAAGGAGAAGACCAUCCAGGCUCUGAAGACCGAGAAGGAAGCGCUGGCCAAUCUGGUCUCUGAGUUUGAGCGCCAGUUCACCAGGAGAGAGAGGUAG